CUGCCUCUCCCUCGCUCCUCUCGCUCGCUCGGCUCACUCCCUCUCCAAAGCGGCAGCCUCACGCAGUCACGCGCUCCACCACGCCACCUCCCUCCACCCCUCACUAUAUACUCACUCCUGCUGUUUUCCGUCCAUCCGCCCACCGGUUCGCAGCCCGCGCCUCAAAACCCUAGCCCCGGGCGGAUCGCGGGGCGCCUCCGCGGUGCCAGCGACGCGGCUCGUUUGAUCCGAUUGUUGGUCGAGCCCCGCCCUCGCUGCCGCGCUUCGCUCCGGCUGUGCAGGUGCAGCGGCGUGAGCACCGAGCACACUCGCGAAUGGGGAACUGCUGGGGUGCGCGGAUCAAGGAUGGGAGCCCUCACCCUGGCGCCUCAGGAAUGUUCUCAAAGAGUAGUGGUAAGGAUGGGAGUAGGCUUAGCGGCUGUAGUAGUCGAGCCUCUUCAGCUUCUAUGCCACCAAGUGCGAAGACUGAAUGUGAAAUCCUGCGAUCCGCCAAUGUUAAGAUCUUCACCUUCAAUAAUCUCAAGGCAGCCACAAGGAAUUUCCGUCCUGAUAGUGUUCUAGGUGAAGGAGGGUUUGGAUCUGUCUAUAAAGGAUGGAUCGAUGAGAACACAUUAUCACCUUGCAGGCCUGGCACUGGGAUUGCUGUUGCUGUGAAAAGACUCAACCAUGAGGGUUUGCAAGGGCACCGAGAGUGGUUGGCGGAAGUUAAUUACCUAGGUCAGUUCUGUCAUCCCAACCUUGUCAAGCUGAUUGGAUACUGCUUAGAGGAUGAGCACCGACUGCUAGUAUACGAGUUCAUGCCCCGUGGGAACAUGGAAAACCAUCUGUUUAGGAGAGGCUCAUACUUCCAACCUCUGUCAUGGAACCUUAGAAUGAAGGUUGCACUGGGAGCAGCAAAAGGACUAGCUUACCUUCAUAGUGCAGAGGCAAAAGUUAUUUACCGAGAUUUUAAGACUUCGAACAUCCUCCUUGACACAGAUUAUUCUGCGAAGCUUUCUGAUUUUGGAUUGGCUAAGGAUGGUCCUGUCGGUGAGAAGAGCCAUGUGUCCACAAGAGUUAUGGGAACAUAUGGUUAUGCAGCUCCUGAGUAUCUUUCAACAGGUCACCUAACUGCAAAGAGCGACAUCUAUAGCUUUGGGGUAGUGCUUCUGGAGAUGCUGUCAGGCCGCCGCGCCAUCGACAAGAACCGCCCCCAGGGUGAGCACAAUCUCGUGGAGUGGGCUCGGCCUUACCUCACACAUAAGCGCAAGAUAUUCCGGAUCCUGGAUACGAGGCUGGAAGGUCAAUACAAUCUGAACGGUGCACAAACAAUUGCUGCCCUUGCUCUCGAAUGCCUAUCCUACGAAGCUAAGAUGAGGCCGACUAUGGACGCUGUGGUUGCUAUUCUAGAAGAGCUCCAGGGCUCUGGUGAAGCCGAGAAGAAGCUUCAAGAACCCAAGGCCGGAACCAAACAGGCACCUGCUGCUGUGAGUGCUAGCAUGAGCAGCAGCCGCAAGCCUCGCCGGAAAAGUCUGGGAGACACAAAGGAGACUGUUGGUGUUCCAGAUCCCAAACCAUUGGCCCAUUCUCGUUAGCAAGGAAAAGCAUUGCCUGGUCAAGUCGUUAGCUAGACUGUAGCUCGCUUGUGAAUAUGCUAUGGUCUGUGUAUGUAUGUUCAGAGGGUAAUCGGGCUUUUGGCAACAGUCUUUUCGUCUUUAUCAUGAGCUGCUCGGUUCAGCCUGACUGGAACCUGUAUGCCGAAACCCAUGGCAUCAGAGAGAGGGGGAGAGAGCUCAUGUUCCGAGUCUUUAACUUAUGUCUUCGCUAC